GCCCGGAGAGGAACGAUACCAAUGGAUACUGAAAGUCAAGUAAACAUAACUUCAAUGGAGGAUUGGGCGAAUUCUUCUCGACUUGCUUGUGAAUUCUCAAACUGCCGCAACAACUUUCCAGACCUGGAGGACAGCACCAAGCUGGUUGGAGUGCAAGUGAUCCUCAUCUUGGCUUACAGCACCAUCAUACUGUUCGGAGUCAUCGGAAACUCCCUGGUGAUAUACGUGGUGUACAAGUUCAAAACUCUGCACACCGUCACCAAUUUUUUCAUCGUGAACCUGGCUGUGGCGGAUCUGCUAGUGAAUACUCUAUGUCUGCCCUUUACUUUGAUCAAUACUCUCCAUGGGGAGUGGAGGUUUGGCCAGGCAUUGUGCUUCAUGCUGCCCUUCUCCCAAGGCAUGGCCGUGCACGUCUCCACCAUCACGCUCAACAUUAUCGCCCUGGACCGCCACCGGAGCAUCGUCUACCACCUGGAGACCAAGAUGUCCAAGGAAAUGUGCGCCGCUGUCAUCAUCAUGACGUGGGCCAUAAGCGCAGUCCUGGCCAGCCCGCUCGCCAUCUUCCGGGAGUAUGGGACGUUUGACCUUUCGCCCGAGCAGUCCAUUCAGGUUUGCACGGAAAAGUGGCCAGGGAGCGGCAUGGACGGGACCAUCUAUAGUAUCUCCAUGCUCCUGCUCCAGUACUGCCUGCCGCUGGCCAUCAACUCCUUUGCCUACAUCCGCAUCUGGAGUAAGCUGAAGAACCAUGUGAGUCCGGCAGGGAGGAACAACCGCCACCAGCGCAAGAGGAAGACCACUAAGAUGCUGGUGAUCGUGGUGGUGGUGUUUGCAGUGAGCUGGCUGCCUCUCCACGCCUUCCAGCUGGCCAUUGACAUUGACAACAGUGUCUUGGAAAUGAAAGACUUCAAGCUGCUUUUCACCAUGUUCCACAUCGUGGCCAUGUGCUCGACCUUCGUCAACCCCAUCCUCUAUGGGUGGAUGAACAACAACUACCGGACUGCGUUUCUGUCAGUGUGUAAGUGCAGCCAACCUGUCAAUUCUGGGUCGAGGAACAUCAUGAGCAGAAAGACACUGAGGGAAAAAGACAUGAGCGAUACAGAUUUCAAAGCGACUAAAGUCUGAAUUCAUAAUAUCAACUCUAAUGUCUGUUCUGUGCAACCUACUGUAAGGGUGAAUUAUGGAUAAAACAUUCCGCUUUUUUACAUCCGUUUGUUGUCAAAAGGUUCAGUGAAGAACCAAGUGUGUUCAAAAUGUGUAAAUGAUCAAUUUCAUGCAAGUGCCAAAUGCAUUGCUGAAUUGUUCCAUGUGAUAUUUAACUGCUGUUUAAAACUUGCUGUUUUGAUAUGCUUCUUACAACAAACUAUUUUGGCCACAUGCAAAUGUUGAUAUUUAAAUGCUGAUCGUGGGACGAAAAUGUUACAUUGCCUUUGUGAAUGCUACCAUAGUAAAUUAUGUCGAUAAUUAAUGAUCAGGUAUUCUUCUUUCCAAAUGGAUUCUGAGGCCUUAUUUUGAUAGAUGUGCUUUAAAUCACAA